AUGGAGUCGACAAGCAACGCCAGUAAUGAAUUCACUAGAAAGCGACCUUACAGAGGCCUCCGUCGGGCUUGCUGGGAAUGCAAGAAGCGCAAGGUUCACGGACAUGGUAUGCAAACAAAUGCAAGCUCACAGGCCAACACGGAUAGCCUUGUACCGGACCGGGCAGAGGAGCAAGGCACAUGUUCAAAGCAUAUCGCGGAGAGGCUAUCCAAACUAGAACAGGUCUUUGAGAGAUUCGUGUGCCGCAAAAGCUCUGUCAUCGGGACCUCGACUGCUGUGCCGCAAAGCCCUACCUUGACUUCCCUGUGCUCCAGCGCCAAGGAAAGCAAAGUUUCUGUACGGGAGAUUUCAAGUGACGCGCAAAACGCUCGCUCUUUAGGGGAUGGAAGUCUUGGCACACACGCGUGGACUUCGGCGCCUCCCAUCCGUACACUGGAUGAUAGAACGGAAUCCAAGGGGCCAUACACACGCGGCGAAGGCACUCAUCGAACUCUGACUGCGUUGCUGCCUUCUCAGCAUGAUGCGGAUAUCAUCUUCGAAUCUUCCAACGGGUGGAUGAUCCUAGAUGGCAUCUACAGGGCUUCCCAAGACAUCUAUGUCCACAAAGACAUGCAGUCAUAUGCUUUAGACAUGCAGGCUGUUUCCAAAGAAAGAUCCAUCAUCGUCGGCCGCACACUCCUGCACUUGGCCGUCUGCGUCAAUUCACUUCCACCGGGCUUUGACUGCACGCGGCUAUCGAACAUAUCGAACCUGGACGCAACGAUGGAGAAUUAUGUAAAGACAGUGUCCUCACUGAUCAUAUCCUCAGACGAGCAGAUGAUGACGCUCCAUGGACUUGAGACGCUCCUGCUGCUUGCCAUCUACCAUAUGAACAGUGCCUCACUUCGACAGGCAUGGCUGAUUGUCCGGCGUGGCCUCAGUCUGGCGCAUCUCAUGGGUUUCCAACGAAUCAUUACGGUAAAAAAUCUUACGCCACCUAUUCAAGGUGUAUCGAAUGCAAAGAGGAUUUGGUGUAGCUUUGUUGACCUUGAUCGGUAUCUGGGGUUGCACCUUCGGCUUCCUUUUGGUGCGGAAGACUAUCCACUCCCGGAAGGCGCUGAUGAGUAUCUCCUUCAUCGUGCGAAGAUCAAUCAGAUAACCAAGCAAGCGGCGGACCUCCAUCGCGACGUAUCGCCGCAGUCAUAUUCUGCAGCGCUUGCAUUGGACGAGCAGCUAGAGACGUCGACAAAGGAGUUACCGAAGGAGUUUUGGGAGGUGCCCAAUCUACCACCUACAGCAAGAUCACCCGAAUGUCAUGCAGUGCUGGAAAGACUCAUGGUACAAGCAUGGCACUUUGAGACAAGAAUCUUCAUUCACUUGCCCUACUUACUGAGGGCGCAUCAAGACAAGCGGUAUGAAUACUCAAAGGUCACUGCGCUACAAGCUAGUCGCAACGUACUGAUGAGAUGGUUCGCACUGCGAAACGCGCAGAUCACGCAGGCAUGCUGUAGGUUCGCAGAAUUCGCAGUGUUCAUGGCUGCUGUCACCCUCACGCUUGACAUUGUUAUCGAGUUGGGCACAAAAGACAAGAACGAAGUGCAGAAUACCAAAGGAACCGACUUUGCUAUGCUUUGCCGCCUCAUUACGGAGAUGGAGAAGCUCGCCAACACAAGCUCACGGGAGAAGAUUGCAGCGCGUACCGCUAUCGUGCUCAAGAAAAUACUCUCGUCGCUGGAUCCGAGCAAACCGCCGGCCGGUAAGGUUCGCCACGUCAUACCGUUCUUCGGGACUGUCGAGCUGGAGGCUAAGAAGGUGCCCACUCGACCAUUGUUCAAUGUCGACUCGGACGUUGGCAAGCUGAUGAAGACGACGGCAACCGGAGACCACCUACCAGUGUUUGCAUUCACGCGUAACUCGCUGUGGCCGCGGGUAGAGAGCGCGGAAGAUUGCGAUUUUGACUGGGACAUUAUACUGUUUGAUGGUCUAGAAGACCGAGAUGUGGAAGGCAAUUGGGUGUUCUGA